UGCCCAACAUUUUUUUUGUGAAACGCAUACUUGAAUUGAAAUUGAACUCGUCUUACGAUUAUUUAAAAUGCAAUAAUAUGCAAAAAUUCGAUGGUAAAAUGGAAAAAGCUCGUCCAGAGACGUAUAUCUUAAGCGUUAACGACUUCGGCCAGAAAAUUUGCACAUCACAGACCGAACCGUUCAAGAAGUACAUUUUGGAAGAUGAUGGAAAUAUGUCCGAAUACGAACCCACUUCGGUUAUAACAGUCGAUGAUACCGACUCUGGUACACAUCUAGAGGACUCUUCACACUUGGGUAUAAUUAGCUCGUUCGAUGGUGUCACCGAUUUUGAAGAAAAUUUAAUGAACGAACUUGACUCGGACUUUAUGACGAUGAUAGAUCCCUCGUCCCACUACUUAUCACAACACAUGGACAUUAGACAGCCCCUUUCCAGGCUAAAAAAGUUACUGUCUCAACGAUUAAAUGUAGACCUUACCAAUUAUAUAUAUACAUUACAGGACAUACAAAUUUUGGAAGAUCAUAAAAAUUUGGUGGAUCAAUGUGUGCAAGGCGAAGGCCCUGUACAAAUAAACGUUCAGAUUCAACCAAACAUGAAGAAAAUAAAUAUAUUAGAUGUUUUAAAGCCAGCAGAUGAUUAUAUCCACGCUGAAGAGUCGGUUAGCUCGGCGGAAGACACUAGCGAAGCUGCAGAUGAGGAGGAACCCUUUGAAGACACAGCUCGCAGCAUUGUUCAAUGGCAAGUUGAUCUACAAUAUAAAAAGGACCAAGAAAGAUUGAAAAUACCACUCAAUCCCGAAGAGUGGUCAACAAUUCACGUGAGUCAUUGGAUUCAGUGGGCCGUGCGACAAUUCAACCUGUCAAACAUUAAACUGAAGGACUGGAACAUGACCGGGAAGGAUUUGUACAAUUUGACAAUGGAAGAUUUCCAGAAAAUCGUGCCCAAUGAUCCCGGCGACGUAUUCUGGACUCAUUUGGAACUAUUGAGAAAGAUGAAAGUUGUCGCCGUCCGACGGUUUGAGAAUUUUUCCGAAACACUCCCAAAAGAAUCGACAAUAAGCAGAGCGAGGACGAAGACGUCGCGAAGUUUGUCGCCGAAAACCGUAGACGGCUGCUCCGCGUCGGGCAACAAGUCCGGCUACAACGGUCAGAUUCAGCUGUGGCAAUUUUUGCUCGAGCUCCUCACCACGCAAGAAUUCAAAUCGGUGAUCCAGUGGACGGGUCACAACGGCGAGUUCAAGCUGACGCAUCCGGAGGUGGUGGCCGCGUUGUGGGGCGAACGGAAAAACAAACCCCUGAUGAACUACGAGAAACUUUCACGGGCGCUACGGUAUUACUACGACGGCGAUAUGAUAUCGAAAGUCCACGGGAAACGGUUCGUCUACAGGUUCGUUUGCGAUUUGAAGCAGAUCAUAGGUUACAGCGCCACCGAACUGGCCAAUUUAGUCAAUUACGGGAAUCCCAUGAUUAAGAGCUAGUUUGACGUCAUUCAUUUCGUUGUUACGCGUUUGAAUAAA